AUGGCUCCUCAUAGUCUUGUGGACGACGAUCGCCAUGUCGUCUCCAUUGUCGAGCGAAGCUAUCCUAUUCAGAACACUGUGAAAAAACCCGUCGCAAACAGCACGCGGCGAAGUAUUGUUUCCAAGCUAAAACCCACUCCCUCCAACGAAGUUCAUGACCUCAUCUGUGUUGGCUUUGGCCCAGCUAGUCUGGCUGUCGCUGUGGCCCUUCACGACUCAAUCAAUUCGGGAAAGCUGCCCGGGAACAGCGCUUCAGGGUCACCCAAGGUUCUCUUCUUAGAGAAACAACAACAGUUCGCCUGGCAUGCCGGAAUGCUCUUACCUGGAGCUAAGAUGCAGAUCUCUUUCAUCAAAGACAUGGCAUCAUUGAGAGACCCGACCUCCAAAUUCACCUUCUUGAACUACCUACACGAGAACGGACGGCUCGUUGAGUUCACCAACUUAAGCACAUUUCUUCCUGCGCGAGUCGAGUACGAAGAUUAUCUUCGCUGGUGUGCUAGCUCGUUCGAUGACGUCGUGCGAUACGGUAGUGAGGUCAUCUCGGUUUCUCCAAAGCAGAGGUCCUCGGGACCGGUAUCUACCUUCACUGUCACCUCCAGGAACGUCAAGACGGGUACCAUAGUGACACAUACAGCCAAGAACGUGCUAUUUGCCAUUGGCGGCCAAGCGUCGAUACCCAAGUGCCUGCCCUCCAACAACCCCCGAGUCAUCCAUUCUUCCCAAUACGCAUACUUAGUGCCCCGGAUACUCAAGCAGCGAGAUGCGCCAUAUCGCGUGGCUGUUGUUGGCGCUGGGCAAAGCGCGGCAGAAAUAUUUAGCAACAUACAGAACUUAUACCCAAAUUCGAAAACGACUCUGAUCAUGCGCUCCGAGUUCCUGAAGCCUAGCGAUGAUUCUCCAUUUGUGAAUUCGAUAUUUAACCCCUCCUACGUCGACGAACUGUAUCAAAGAUCCAGCGAGCUCCGCCACUCUCUCCUGGGAGAUGCCCGUGCCACGAAUUACGGAGUUGUUCGACUUGAGCUGAUUGAGCAUUUGUACGAGCGCAUGUAUGACCAGCAGCGAGAAUUAGGGAAAGACAGCAAGAAGUGGCCACACCGCAUCUUGGGAUCAAGCGCCAUCGCAGGGGUUGAGGCAGAAGGUGACAAAUUAAGGCUGAGAGUGCGACCUAUCAGCGAAGUCACCGACCGCGAAGACGAAAUCUUCGAUUGCGAUCUCGUCGUGGCCGCCACGGGUUACCAGAGGCAAGCCCAUCUGACCAUGAUGGAAGACGUCGCCGACCUUCUCCCCAAAGCCCCUGAGACAGCAAGCGCGGUGGGAUCACAGCCGGGCAAGUACGAUGCUCAGAUCAGGGGGCGGCCGGUCAAGGUUGGUCGCGACUACGGCAUACAAUUCGCUCCCGGUAAGGUUUCGCCGGGCUCGGGUGUCUGGCUGCAAGGAUGCUGCGAGGGAACCCACGGACUAAGCGACACAUUGCUAUCGAUCCUCGCCGUUCGAUCCCAGGAGAUUGUCGACUCGGUGUUCGUAGGCCACGAGAAGCAACGAGAGAACGUAUACCAAGCAAAACUGUGA